CGCGGCCAUGCAGCGCCGGGGCGCCCUGUUCGGUAUGCCGGGCGGCAGCGGCGGCAGGAAGAUGGCUGCAGGAGACAUCGGCGAGCUGCUGGUGCCCCACAUGCCCACGAUCCGCGUGCCCAGGUCCGGGGACAGGGUCUACAAGAACGAGUGCGCCUUCUCCUAUGACUCCCCCAAUUCUGAAGGUGGACUCUAUGUAUGCAUGAAUACAUUUUUGGCCUUUGGAAGGGAACAUGUUGAAAGACAUUUUCGAAAAACUGGACAGAGUGUAUACAUGCACCUGAAAAGACAUGUGCGAGAGAAGGUAAGAGGAGCAUCUGGGGGAGCUUUACCAAAAAGGAGGAAUUCCAAGAUGUUUUUAGAUCUAGAUACUGAUGACGAUUUAAAUAGCGACGAUUAUGAAUAUGAAGAUGAAGCCAAACUUGUUAUUUUCCCAGACCACUAUGAAAUAGCACUACCAAAUAUUGAGGAGUUACCAGCCCUGGUAACAAUUGCUUGUGAUGCAGUUCUCAGCUCAAAAUCUCCAUACAGAAAGCAGGACCCAGACACAUGGGAAAAUGAAUUGCCAGUCUCCAAAUAUGCCAAUAACCUCGCCCAGUUGGACAAUGGAGUCAGGAUUCCUCCAAGUGGUUGGAAGUGUGCCAGGUGUGACCUGCGGGAAAACCUCUGGUUGAACCUGACGGAUGGCUCUGUGCUGUGUGGGAAGUGGUUCUUUGACAGCUCUGGGGGCAACGGGCAUGCGCUGGAGCAUUACAGAGACAUGGGCUACCCUCUAGCUGUGAAGCUGGGAACCAUCACUCCCGACGGGGCAGAUGUUUAUUCUUUUCAAGAAGAGGAACCUGUUUUGGACCCUCAUUUGGCUAAGCACUUAGCACAUUUUGGAAUUGAUAUGCUUCACAUGCAUGGGACAGAGAACGGGCUCCGGGACAAUGACAUCAAGCCUCGGGUCAGUGAGUGGGAAGUGAUCCAGGAGACGGGGACGAAGCUGAAACCCAUGUAUGGCCCCGGGUACACGGGUCUCCAGAACCUGGGCAACAGCUGCUAUCUCAGUUCUGUCAUGCAGGCCGUCUUCAGCAUCCCCGAAUUCCAGAGAGCGUAUGUAGGAAAUCUUCCAAGAAUAUUUGACUACUCUCCUUUAGAUCCAACACAGGAUUUCAACACACAGAUGACUAAGUUAGGACAUGGCCUUCUCUCAGGCCAAUAUUCAAAACCUCCAGUGAAAUCUGAACUCAUAGAACAGGUGAUGAAGGAGGAACACAAGCCUCAACAGAAUGGGAUCUCUCCACGCAUGUUUAAGGCCUUUGUAAGCAAGAGCCACCCAGAAUUCUCCUCCAAUAGACAGCAGGAUGCCCAGGAAUUUUUCUUGCACCUGGUGAAUCUGGUAGAGAGGAACCGCAUUGGCUCAGAAAACCCAAGUGAUGUUUUUCGGUUUUUGGUGGAAGAACGUAUUCAGUGCUGUCAGACCCGAAAAGUCCGCUACACGGAGAGGGUGGAUUACCUGAUGCAGUUACCUGUGGCCAUGGAGGCAGCAACCAACAAGGAUGAGCUGAUCGCCUAUGAAUUAACGAGAAGGGAAGCAGAAGCAAACAGAAGACCCCUUCCUGAGCUGGUUCGUGCCAAGAUACCAUUUAGUGCCUGCCUUCAGGCCUUUUCUGAACCAGAAAAUGUUGACGAUUUCUGGAGCAGUGCCCUACAGGCAAAGUCUGCGGGUGUGAAAACAUCUCGCUUUGCCUCAUUCCCUGAAUACUUGGUAGUGCAGAUAAAGAAGUUCACUUUUGGUCUUGACUGGGUUCCCAAAAAAUUUGAUGUUUCUAUUGAUAUGCCAGACCUACUUGAUAUCAACCAUCUCCGAGCCAAGGGGUUACAGCCAGGAGAGGAGGAGCUUCCAGACAUCAGCCCCCCCAUAGUCAUUCCUGAUGACUCAAAAGAUCGCCUGAUGAACCAAUUGAUAGACCCAUCAGACAUCGAUGAGUCAUCAGUGAUGCAGCUGGCUGAGAUGGGUUUCCCUCUAGAAGCAUGUCGGAAGGCUGUGUACUUUACUGGAAAUAUGGGAGCCGAGGUGGCCUUCAACUGGAUCAUUGUUCACAUGGAGGAGCCAGAUUUUGCCGAACCACUGACCAUGCCUGGUUAUGGAGGAGCAGCUUCUGCUGGAGCCUCUGUUUUUGGUGCUACUGGAUUGGAUAACCAACCUCCGGAGGAAAUUGUAGCUAUCAUUACCUCCAUGGGAUUCCAUCGAAAUCAGGCUAUUCAGGCACUACGAGCGACAAAUAAUAACCUGGAAAGAGCACUGGAUUGGAUCUUUAGCCACCCUGAGUUUGAGGAAGACAGUGACUUUGUGAUCGAGAUGGAGAAUAACGCCAAUGCAAACAUUAUUUCUGAGGCCAAGCCUGAAGGACCUAGAGUCAAGGAUGGAUCUGGAAUGUAUGAACUAUUUGCAUUCAUCAGUCACAUGGGAACAUCUACAAUGAGUGGCCAUUAUGUUUGCCAUAUCAAAAAGGAAGGAAGAUGGGUGAUCUACAAUGAUCACAAAGUUUGUGCCUCUGAAAGGCCCCCUAAAGACCUGGGCUACAUGUACUUUUAUCGCAGGAUACCAAGCUAAACCUCAGACAGACAAAUUGGCGAGAAGAAGCCAUGCGCCUUUUUAAUUUGCCAAAAAAAAGAAAAAGAAAAAAGUUGGAACAGCCAGACAUGAAGGAAUACAUGGGGUAUUUAUAGUUUAUUUAAAGAACAUCAUUUGACAUCUGAAAUAGAACUGGGAAGAAAUUUCUAUUAGUGAUGAUACACUACUGUAGAUAGUUUUUCUUUUUAUAAAUGUUCAAGGAGAGGAUGAUUUUUUAAAAAAAGUAUUCAUAUUGCUGGUGGGGGAUCUGCCACUGGCACAUCAAAAAUGAGAAUGUGCCACCAGCCCUCUAUUUUGCUUUGGGGGUCAGUGGUAGUGGCCUCCAGAGAAACCGAGUAAUGGGGCCAGUCGUGUGGCCUCACCCACAAUAAACGAAAAGCCCACUUUUGUUUCAUAUCGAAAAUCAGUAACUGAGCUGGGCUUUAUUUGUGACAUAAUUUUUUCAUUACACACAAUAAUUUCUGACCUAUCUAUGUAUAGUAGAUUACAGCAUCUGCAAUGAAAGAUAUUUUUAAUUUAAUCAUAUCGAAAUACAUACUACAAUUGUGUGAAUGUGUGUGAGAAUGAGACCAAGAGUGUGAGACCUUUAUAGUCAACUAGAAAAUCUGUGACAGGUUGGUUUUUAAAGGUUAAAACAGUUGAGAUUAAGCAUAGCUAGACAAAGCAAGUAAAUAGUUGAAAGAAACUAUAACUCAGGAACAGUUUAAAAAAUUAGUUCCCCGCUUAGAUUUUCAGGCGUAAAAAGGGCUGAGUUGUCCCUUUAAGUGCUGUCAAGAAUUCAUUUGGGUUUGUGACAUUUGAUGGUGUAAAGCCAGAUGCCCACAGGAGCACAAUACCGUACUUUGCCAAAGGUAGACGAGUUCUGUUUCUCAGCAGCCCUUCCCGCUAAGGUAUAGUGUGUAUUUUUAGUUAAAAUAGCUGAUCUCUUCUUACCGUAACACAUGACAACUCCCUGGAGUCAUGUUAAGUGCCCCAAAUUUGUCUGUAAUUUUCUCGUCUCUAAGCUCUUUGCCUGCCUCCAUGUCUACGUUUUUUGGGGCCAGAGUCCCAACUCUGCCCUUUCUUGGCUAAUCACCUCCUGACUUGCCUUCACUGCUUAUCUGCUGCGACCACAGCAUGAUCUUGGGUACUUGAAGGGUUUCAGAUGCAAAGAAACUUUAUAUGACAUUAUGAAAGACCAUCAUUUACAUUUCAGUAUUUCAGUAUUUUCGUUGUAACCUGAGGUUAGAUCAGAGUUUCAAAUGUGAGGAAAAAAUGGAAUGAUAAUGCUAUAUAAUUUUCCUACUGCCCUGUGCCAAAUUCCAGGGUCUCUGGAAUUUCUAUUUCAGAUUAUUCAGUCAAAUGAAAACUUUAUUGCUGUCUGCUAAAUGUGCAUUUGAUUGGUAGAAAGGCUCUCUCUAGAAAUUGUAGGAAAAUAAAGUAGAACCAGUUGGGUGAAAUACAGCGCAGAUGGUGGAUAAUGACAUGGUGAGUUUUAAACAAUCAGGAUUCUGGUUAUAAUGGGAUCGUCUCACAGGAGAUCAUUUACGCCAUGUCAGUGAUGGACACGGAGCCCGAGGCCUGUGGCCUGGACACCAGGGUGCUGCCCCUAGCUGAGCAAGUCCCUCAUCCUCCUUGUGCCUCACUUUUCUCAUCUGCACAAUGGUGUGAUGACGCUUGCCCUCUCUUUCCAACUGUGCUUUGAGGAUCUGGGGAGAUUUGAUAGGAUGAACCUUGAGGAGUAGCAGGUGGUGUGCCAUGUGGGUCUUAGUAGAGUAUGCUCCCUCCCUUCUCUCAUCUGAUGUUUUCUUCAAGUUGGGAACAAGUGAGAUUGGCAGAAGGAGGGAGCUCAUGGUGCAGUAAUUCUCUACUAAACUAUGCCUGCUUGUGUCACCUUUUAACAUUGACUCCAUAGCCUAAAGCAGCCCCACUCUGUUACAUGAGUCCCUGACUCCUGUCGCAGUCUCCACGCUGAGCAGCCUUACAAAAUCCAGUCUCUUUAGGGCUGAGUACCAUAGAAUAAUGACUCCAAACACACAUCAAAAAUGACUUCUUUUCAAUGCUAUUAUAAAGCGAAGGCCUUUUUGGGGGUGGGAGGGUGACUGGGGAUUUGGAUUGAAAUGUGGACAGCGAUAGCAUGUGUAUUUUGAACAAAAAAAUUUUAUGAUAAACUUUGCAAAAUUAAUGAUGUAAAAUCAGUAUAUAAGAUUAUAGGCUAUAUAUUAUUUAAUUUCAUUAAGUAGAAAAAGAAAUUUAGCCUUUUUGAUGCCUAAUCAUAUUGUAAGAAAGUAUAAUAUGGCUGCCCUUUUUUUUCUGCCUCACAAAACGAAGGGCUAUUUCUACAAGGCAAAGUUUUGUAUAUGUGCUUAUUCUUUAUUUCAGAUUAAGAAUUGGGAAAAACUGGAGCAAAUAAUGGAUUUCUUUCUUACUUAAAAAUGUAUUUAUGUGUAUACCUUAAUAUAUACAAGGCAGGUUUCCCUGGAAUUAAAAGUCUGGAACAUACUGCUUAAUUUUACACCUGUGUGUAGAUGAGACUAUUUGUUACGGAAAACUGGAAUAAUGUGUGGAUUUUGUAAACUGAUUAUCAGCCUGUUAGGAGUCCUCUGUGUGAGGCGUGGUGGUAUAAUUGUGAAAUUCUCACUGUGUGUGGAUGUACGUGUGAAAGAGAGCACUUUUUUCCUGUAAAUAUCUUUUGAUAUCCAUUUGUGUAAAAUCCCAAUGAAUGUGUCUUUGAAAAAU